AUGUAUUACGACUACCGUUACAUAUCUGCUUGUGAGGCAGUGUGGAGGAUAUAUGGAUUUCCUAUUCACCAUCGAACCCCUGCUGUUGAGAGAUUGAGUUUCCAUCUACCUAGGGAGCAAACUGUCGUCUACAGUGACCAGAUGGAUGUAGGAGAUGUACUUGAAAGACCUAAUGUUGAUAGCACAAAGUUUUUAUCGUGGAUGGAAUGCAACCAAAAGUAUGAAGAAGCAAGAAAGUUAACUUAUGUAGAGUUCCCCAUGAAAUUUGUUUGGAAACAACCUACGCGAGAAUGGGCACCUAGGUCGAAAGGGUUCUCACUUGGCAGGGUAUACCAUGUCACUCCAGAUUCUGGUAAGAAAUACUAUCUAAGAACGCUCCUUAAUUUUGUCAAAGGUCUGACGUGCUACGAGGAUUUAAGAACCAUUGAUGGUUUAGUGUAUCCAACCUUCAAAGAAGCUUGCUACGCAAGGGGGCUGCUUGAUGACGAUAAGGAAUACAUAGACGCCAUAACAAAGGCAAGCUUUAGAGAAACGGGGCAUUAUCAACGGAAUCUGUUUUGCAUGUUACUUAUGUCUGGUAGCUUAUCUAAACCAGAAGACAUAUGGGAAAAGACAUGGCACCUACUAUCUGAUGACAUUCUAUAUAAACAACGUCGUAUUCAUAAAAAUAAAGAUUUAACUCUAACUGAUGAACAAAUUCAAGCUUUUGCACUGGCAGAUAUUGAAGCUAAACUACAAAGUAAUGGCAGUAGCCUUCAAAAAUUCAGUGAGAUGCCUUUUCCAGAUGAAUUAGUCGUGUUUGAAGGUCAAAAUAAGCUAAUAGCGGAUGAGCUUUCAUAUGACAUACCCUCAUUAAUUCAGGAUUAUGACAAACUGUUUCCAUGUCUAACUGAAGAACAACUAAUGGUUUUCAACGAAAUAAUGGACUCUAUUAAUGGUCAAUCAGGAGGUGUCUUUUUUGUAUACGGAUAUGGAGGCACGGGUAAAACAUACAUUUGGAGGACAUUGUGUGCUGCAAUUAGGAAGAUGAGUGAAAUUGUUUUGCCUGUGGCAUCAAGUGGAAUUGCGUCCCUACUUCUUCCAAAAGGUCGAACCGCCCAUUCAAGGUAUUAG